AUGGUGGGAUUUGGUCCCAAGAGCCGCUACCUUGGCGAAGCCGCAAAGACGCAGGAGAUCUCCAACCUCAAGAACACAAUCUCGUCGUUGAAGCGCCUCGCCGGACGAACCAUCAACGACCCCGAAGUCGCCAUUGAGCAACAGUUCAUCACCGCCCCUCUCGUCGAUGUCAAUGGCCAGGUGGGCGCCGAGGUCACAUACCGUGGCGAGAAGCAGAAGUUCAGCGCUGUCCAGUUGAUCGCCAUGUACCUGGGCAAAAUCAGAGACACUGCCAGCAAAGAGCUGAAACUCCCCGUCUCGGACGUGGUCAUUGGCUGCCCCCCGUGGUUCACAGAUUCGCAGAGGAGAGCCAUGCUGGAUGCUGCCGAGAUUGCCAAUCUGAAGCUCCUCCGGCUCAUCAACGACAACACGGCCAUUGCACUGGGCUACGGUAUCACGAAAUCCGACCUGCCCGAAGGUGACGCCAAACCCCGCCGCGUGUGCUUCGUCGACGUCGGGUACAGUGACUACACCGUUUCCAUUGUCGAGUUCCGUAAGGGUGAACUGGCUGUCAAGGCGACCACCUUCGACCGCCACUUCGGUGGGCGCAACUUCGACAAGGCUCUGGUCGAUCACUUCGCAGCCGAGUUCAAGGAGAAGUUCAAGGUCGACAUCUACACAAACCCCAAGGCUACCACUCGGGUUGCUGCGGCGGCGGAGAAAGUCAAGAAGAUUCUGUCCGCCAAUGCCCAGGCGCCCCUCAGCAUCGAAUCGCUGAUGGAAGACAAGGAUGUGCGAGCCAUGUUGAAGCGAGAGGAGUUUGAAGAGAUGGUGAAGCCUUUGCUCGACCGUGUCACUGUUCCGCUAGAACAAGCUCUCGCCGAGGCCAAGUUGAAGGUCGAGGACAUUGACGCCAUUGAGAUGGUUGGAGGCUGUACCCGCAUUCCCGCCAUCAAGGACCGAAUUGCCAAGUUCUUUAACGGCAAGUCUUUGUCGUACACCCUCAACCAGGAUGAAGCCAUUGCUCGAGGCUGUGCAUUCAGCUGUGCCGUCCUCUCGCCAGUUUUCCGAGUCCGCGACUUCUCCGUCCAUGAUAUCGUCACAUACCCCAUUGAAUUCACCUGGGAACAAUCACCCGACAUUCCGGAUGAGGAUACCAGCUUGACCGUCUUCAACAAGGGCAACGUGAUGCCGUCGACCAAGAUCCUCACCUUCUACCGAAAGCAGCCGUUCGACCUCGAAGCCCGAUAUGCCAAGCCGGAACUCCUCCCUGGAAAGGUCAACCCGUGGAUCGGGCGCUUUUCAGUCAAGGGUGUCAAGGCGGACGAGAAGGAUGAUUUCAUGGUGUGCAAGCUUAAGGCGCGACUCAAUCUCCACGGAAUUCUGAACCUCGAGAGCGGCUACUACGUCGAGGAUGUCGAGGUCGAGGAGCCCGAGCCGGAGCCAAAGAAGGAUGGCGAUGCCAUGGAGACCGACCAAGCCAACGGCUCCGCAGAGCAGCCCAAGCCCAAGAUGCGCAAGGUCAAGAAGCAAGUGCGCAAAGGGGAGUUGCAGCUUGUUGCAGGCACCUCGUCCUUGGACGACGCUACAAAGGCCCAAGCGGCCGAGGCCGAAAAUGCCAUGUUCAUGGAGGACAAGCUCGUCACCGACACCGAAGACAAGAAGAACGAGCUGGAGGCUUACAUCUAUGAAAUCCGAGGCAAGAUCGACGAUCUCUACGCUGACUUCGCGAGCGACGAGGAGAAGAGUAAGAUCAGAGAGAAGCUGGAGAAGACCGAGGAUUGGUUGUACGACGAAGGGGACGAUGCCACCAAAGCACAAUACCAGGCCAAACUGGAUGAAAUCAAGUUCCUCUCUGGUCCUGUUGCUCAGAGAUAUCAAGACAAGAUCGAGGCAGAACGACAAGCCAUCCUCAAAGUCCAGGAAGAAGAAGCGGCCAAGAAACGAGCUGAAGCUGAAGCCAAGAAGAAGGCAGAAGAGGAAGCUAAGAAGGCCGCAGAGCCUCAGGCAGACGAGCCCAAGGACACCGAGAUGAAGGACGCCCCGGAAGAGUCGGUCAAGCCAGACAGUGUGGAGGAGAAGUAG